AUGCACGCCGUAAAGCUCUUGACUGUCCUCGGUCUGUCGGCCGCCGCUUCCGCCGCCCCGUUCGACGCGCCCCUCGAAACCCGAGAUGCCGGGGACGUACUCACGGAGCUGCAAGCCAAGGCCAUGGAGAGCCUCCAAGCUGCUGAGACCGACGGAAAACUGUCCAAGCGUCAGGGCUGCAACCUGUCUAAUGCUCAGGUCCGCAGGGAUUGGGCUGCCUUCUCUGCUGAAGAACGAAAGGGGUACAUCAGUGCUGUGCAGUGCUUAUUGACCUCCCCGUCCAAGUCGGAUCCCUCUUUUGCUCCGGGCGCCCGCAACAGAUAUGACGACUUCGUUGCCGUCCAUAUCGAUCAGACUCGCACCAUUCAUGGAACUGGUAACUUCUUGACCUGGCACCGAUACUUCACUUGGGCCUACGAGAAUGCCUUGAAGACAGAAUGUGGUUACAAGGGUGCUCAGCCCUACUGGAACUGGUUUGCCAACACUGAUGACCCGCGAAAGUCUCCUGUGUAUGACGGCAGCGAGACAAGCUUGAGUGGUGACGGCGAGUACUUCCCUCACAAUGGCAGUGUCAGUCGUGCUCCCAACGGCAACAUUGAGGUUCCGUCUGGAAACGGUGGUGGCUGCGUGAUGAGUGGUCCUUUGGUCAACAUGACCGUCAACCUGGGUCCUGUCUCACCCGGAAUGGACGGCCUCGAGGCUAACCCCAACGGACCCAUGGAGUACAACCCUCGUUGUCUUCGCCGCGAUCUGAGUGCCUACUCGGCCUCAACCUGGAUGACGACUCCCAACCUCGUGAACGUCACAAUGGGUCAGGCAUCCAAGAACGUCUCGACCUUCCAGAACGAGCUGCAGGGCCGCUUUGGGGACGGUUUCCUCGGUAUGCAUGCCGCCGGCCACUUCGUUGCCAACGGCGAUGCCAGCGACCUCUACGCCUCACCCACCGAUCCGUCCUUUUUCUUGCAUCACGCCAUGGUCGACCGCGUCUACUGGCUGUGGCAGGCUACACACCUGCGCCAGGCUUUUGAGAUCGCUGGAACCAUCACCAUUCAGAACUUGCCUCCAAGCCGUGACGCUACCAAGGAUGACUUGGUUCUUAUGGGUGUACUUGCUCAGGACCGUCCCAUCAAAGAGCUCCUGAACACGCUUGACGACUCUCCUUUCUGCUAUAUCUAUGCAUAG